UCGAAUCUCUGGACGACAGUGAAGGGUCGCGACAGGCCAGCUAUAGCAGCACAAGACUCGGUGCGUAGUGCCUAUGACGACGGCACUGGAUUUCAUCCAAGGGCGCUAGAGCAGCUAGCGAUGGGGAUACAAGACAGCUACCAGUCAGCGAGCAUGACUUUUACCCUUCGACGACAAACUAGAAUCCACCUUCUUUCUCAGCUAUCGUCCGAGACGCCCUCGUUUAGCGUAUAG